GCUGGUUGGGAGAGGCGAAUACAUUCGGGGCGGAUGUCCACCUCACUUUUCCCCGGGUGUUGUCCGUCUCCCCGGCACACACUCACGGCUGCUACCAUCUAUCCAGUCAGUUCACUUCAUUGUACUGACUGUGCCCAUCAAUUAGGCAAGAAUUAAGCCGUUUUAGAUGAAAUAAUUGCUUUUUGGGCGCUUCGAAGAGGAUUACAAGCCGCGGCCAGAAGGCGCAGAUAAGUUUUGAGUGCGGGAAAGCGGAGAGAAAGGAAACCCAGCCAUGCCCUCAGUGAUGGAGCGCUCGGGGGCCGGGGUCCUGUCCAGGAGCAGAGCCAAGACUGUAACCAACGGCAACAGCCAACCACACUCUGAAGAGGAGAGCAGCGAUGAAGAGCAUGCUCAUGACAGCAUGAUCAGAGUGGGAGGAGACUACCAGGCUCAGAUCCCAGAGUUCAAACCAGACAGUCCAACGCGUUACAAUGAGAAGGACCAUAGGAGCAUGUUGGUCUGGUGUCCCAACAGUCAGCUUUCAGAUGCAAUGUUGGACGAGUACAUCCUGAUGGCUAAAGAGAAACAUGGAUACAACAUGGAGCAGUCUCUGGGCAUGUUAUUAUGGCACAAACACGAUGUGGAGCGCUCACUUGCAGACCUGGCCAACUUCACCCCCUUCCCAGACGAGUGGACAGUGGAGGAUAAAGUGCUAUUUGAGCAGGCCUUCAGCUUCCAUGGAAAGAGCUUCCACCGCAUCCAACAGAUGCUUCCAGACAAGCUGAUCUCCAGCCUGGUGAAGUACUACUACAGCUGGAAGAAGACCAGGACCAGGACCUCCGUCAUGGACCGACAAGCCAGGAGGCUGGUCAGCAAGAGAGAGAAAGAUGACAGUAAUGAUGAGGUUGAGGAAGGAGACCCUGGCAGUGACAGUGACUUUGAGAUUGACACCAAGAAAGAGGCAGUGAAACAGAAUCCAAACAACGCCAACUCUGACAAGGCAACCCCCAGUCGCUCAGGUCCGGUGAAGAAGGAAAAUAUUGGGGCUCAGUACCGCCACCACCCGCUCAGAGCCCGCCGUAGGCCACCCAAGGGCAUGUACCUGGAGCAGGGAGACAUCAUGUCGGUGUCAGCCUCCCACGAUGCCGGGGUGCUAACUAUACGACAGCUGGACACACAGUUAGUGUCGCUCAAACGACAGGUCCAGUCUAUUAAACAGAACAACAGUAGUUUGAAACAUGGCUUAACUGAAGGCGUUGAUACUUUCAAACCUGCUGAGCCUGCCCCUAAGAUGAACUCUCGUUGGACCACAGAGGAGCAGCUCCUGGCUGUGCAGGCUAUCCGUCGCUAUGGUAAAGACUUUGCAGCCAUCGCUGAGGUGAUCGGGACCAAAACACCAGCUCAGGUGAGUUCGUUCUUCGUGAGCUACCGGCGCAGGUUCAACCUGGACGAGGUGCUGAGAGAGUGGGCUGCCGAGCAGGUGGCCACCAGCCGAGACCAGAGAGACCCCAGGAGGAGCAGCGAGGACAUGGCAGCAGCUGCAGACGGAGCUGCCGAGGAGGAUGAGGUCAAAAUGGAGGACUCCCCCUCGGAUGCCGCCGGCGGCUCCUCUCCUCCCUCCUCCACACAGACCCCCUCCUCCCUUUCCCAGCCUCCUCCACUGCUGCGCCCUGCACCUCCCUCAGCUCCACCCAGCCUCCUGCGUCAGCCUCCUCCUCUGCAGACUCGCCCGCUCCAGAACCGAGCGCCCCACAACCACCCUCCACCUCCGCUCAUCCGGCCCGCGGUCACCACCUCGUCCUCCUCCAGCGGGGGCUCCAGCCUCAGGGCUUCUCCUCCUAGCUCGUCCUCCGCUGUAGGGCAGGUCCCUCCAUCGCUGGUCGGGCUCAAAGUGGAGCAGCCGAACUCGCACUGAUACACACAGACACACACAUACACACACAUAUGACAACAGGUAUAGCAACACACAAAUUAGCAUGCAGACAAACACGAUGCUUUCUCUUUCUCCAGAGAAAAUUCCAUCACCCUGUAACUCCAUCACUCCUCACCUGGGACCAUCACACAUCACAUGACCACAUGACUCGUCCAACACGCUCAGGUCCCUAAGGUGACAUCACAGCUCUUAGAAUGCAGGAGGAGUGUGAGGACCCCCCCGCAGGUCCACUUAGUAAGGCAGCGGCCUGAAGCCCCUUUACUGUACUAACAAACACCUACCUCCAGACCAUCGUUCUCUAGCGCAAACACACACACAAACACACACACACACACACACACACACACACACACACAACAAGCAAGGAACUUGAAAACGAACACUACCUACACAUACCUCCCUGAACAACACAAAAAGAGACACUGGAUCGUCAAGCUGUUGAAGAAAAGCCAUGACCACAGGGAGCGAAACCCACCUGCCCGUUUCCAUGGUAACUGCUGAACAUCUGGAUUGCGGAGGAGUGUGGUUGAACACACACACACACACACACACACACACACACACACACACACACAC